AAGUGUUUAGCUUACCUGGUGAUGUCUUCAGUAAUGCAGAUGUGAUUUGUAAAGUUGUAAAUGGUUUAUUAUAUAUAUUCCUGUAGAGUACGAGAACGCGCUAAGUUAUGUUUUCCUGCUGAAAAUGGCCUUCUCUUCACGCAGAUAUUAUCAACUGAAAAACUGUGGAUUUGGAGUGUGGAGGCUUUUCAACUCUGCCAGCUGGAUCUUUAUGGAUUCCUUGUACCCAAAGCUCUUGAAUACAUACACCAUCACAAGACAUUAAGUUAGGAUAAAUAUUCAAUCGGAAAAGGUCUAUAUCGAUUGCACCAAAAUGAUGGACACUACUGCACCGGAGUCCCUGACGCUGGCUGUACACUCGGACGAUGAUGAUGAUGGCUGUAUGUCUGGGCAAAGUUCUACCUUCGGUGACAGCACAGACUUCAUGACAGCCGCAAUGGGUGACGAGGUCACAGCCCAGCUCGCGGCCGCAGGUUGGCAAAAACAGCACAGUCAUGGACCGGUGGGCAUGGCUGCAGCAGCAGCUAUCGUCUCGGCUAAGAAGAGAAAACGGCCGCACUCUUUUGAAACGAACCCUUCGAUUCGGAAACGACAACAAAACAGAUUGCUGCGUAAACUGAGACAAACAAUUGAUGAGUUUGCUACAAGGGUUGGUCAGCAAGCUGUGGUUCUGGUGGCGACCCCUGGCAAGCCGACUAACAGUUUCAAAUGUUUCGGUGCGAAACCUCUUGAAGAUGUGGUUAAAAACCUGAGGACCAUGAUAAUGGAAGAGCUGGAGACAGCAUUAGCCCAGCAAGCCCCACCCCCCGUUCAAGAAGACCCUUCACUUUACGAGCUUCCACCACUCAUUAUCGACGGUAUUCCCACCCCUGUGGAGAAGAUGACACAGGCUCAGCUCCGGGCAUUCAUUCCUCUUAUGUUGAAAUAUUCCACAGGUCGAGGUAAGCCAGGAUGGGGCCGAGAGUCAACGAGACCGCCAUGGUGGCCUAAGGAGUUGCCGUGGGCUAACGUCCGCAUGGAUGCUCGACCCGAGGAGGAGAAGCAGAAGAUCUCGUGGACACAUGCACUGCGGCAGAUCGUGAUCAACUGCUACAAGUACCAUGGACGUGAGGACCUGCUGCCAGCAUUCACCGACGACGAUGACAAGAGCGGCACGGUGGGGGUCACAGUCAGGCACAAGGACUCCCCCUCCCCCCUCCACUCGACAAGCACCACCCAGGUGACAGCUCAAUACACCCCGGUUCUUCAAACCAUCAGCAACCCCGACGGCACGGUGAGCAUCAUCCAGGUGGAUCCCAACAACCCCAUCAUCACUCUGCCAGACGGCACCACGGCGCAUGUCCAGGGGGUGGCCACGGGUAAUCCUAUCCCAAUGCUACAGAUUCACACUGGUCACGGAGAGACUGGUACAGUGCAUGCAGUUCAUACUCUGGCAGAGGUUGCCACAGGGGAAGGAGGGGGAGUGGCAGUGGAUCUCAACAAUGUCACCGAGGCAACUCUCAACCAGGACGGUCAGCUCAUCCUCACCGGUGAAGAUGGUCAUGGUUACCCAGUGUCAGUGUCAGGGAUGAUCACAGUGCCAGUGAGUGGUGGUGGUGGCAUGUACCAGACUGUUGUAGCUAACAUACAACACAUACAGGGGAGUGAUGGCACCAUGCAAGUAGUCACUCCCAUGGUCCAUGUACCAAAGGUGGAGCCAGGAACGGGUGGUCAGGAUGGGGUGGAGACUAUCACCCACCAGCUGGUGAACAUUGCAGGAGAGCCUCAGGUACUGCAGGUGUUGUCGCUUAAGGACACAGCAGCACUCACCAAGGCACUCGCAGCACAGGGUGGUGCGGAUGUCAAGGCUGAGGAGCCCCAGACUAUAACCAGUGACCAGUAGUUAGGUGUCAAUAUGUAUAUAAGUCAUCAGUCGUCUAGUUCAGGCAUUUAAAGACAAGUUGUCCACAUAUCAUGCUCUCAGUGACCCAGAGUUUGGCAGUUAUUCUCAUAUUAUAGUUUUUAUAAUAUUUUUACAUCUAAGUACUUCAUUUACAAAGUAAAAGUAUUUGUUAUAAAUAAAAUCAUAAAAUGCGUACAUAGUAUUUUUAAUGUUUUUAAAAUUCUGUACGAGUGAAUGCAGGAGUGAAUUUAAUUUCAAACCAUUCUGAAAUAAGAUAUAUUUAUUAAUGAUAAUAAUUUCAAUUAUUUUUAUGCUGCUUGUAUAGUUUUUGAUGUUCAUGGCUGAACUUGUGCGAAUGUACAAAUUGUAGAUCGGACUUGUCAGAAGACAACUUGUCAUUGAAAAUGACUGAAGUUCCUCGGUAGUGCCAUACAAGAGUUACCCCCAGUGGAAACACUACAGCUUGUCAAACCAAAAAGUGUGCUUGUGUGUGUGGCUGUGUCGAUGUCGUAUGUCUUUGUUUACCAGUACUACAUUACUGUACCAAUGUUCUGCGUUUUGUACAAAGUUGUAUAUGUACAUUAGGUAUAUAGAGGUGAUGUACGCCGUCGUACCAUUUGCCAGAGAAGUUAUUUUCAUACCGAUUCUAGUCACCGGUUUUGUUAUAUGGCACAAUACUAUUUUUAUAUUGUAGAUGUCUGCAUGGUACUUAUAUAUUUACAGUCCAUUGUUUUAAUUUUUGGAAAGUGUAAAAACAAUUUUACAUCACAAUAAUUACUUAUACGAUAUUGACUGAUAAUUAAUUUGUUCAUGAUAAUUCAUUUGUUAACUGAUUUGUUCAUUAUAACUGGUAUGAAUAAUUGAAUUAUAGUCAAUUUUAAGACCUGUUAUCAAUUUUUUUUUAUCAAUAACUUAUUAAAGAUGUUAAGUUUGAGGUACUCUUAAGAGUAUAAAUAUACAUUUUUAUAGUUUUAAAUUUAUUAUAAUAUUUUACAAUAAUUAAUUGUAUGGGUAUAUUAUUGUUAUAUUUAAUAUUUUAUGUACCAGAAGUGAUACAAUUCCUAAUAUACAUAAUAAAUCCAUCUAAGUUCUAAGUUGAAGUAGUCUAUCUGUUGACAUUACUUAUUAUUCUACUUCGAACUUGGACAGAUUUACUAAAUCUUAGUUUAAAAUAUUUUAUUAUACAUUAAUGAUUUAUCAAUUUCACAUAAAAUAUUAAAUGUACAAAUUACAAUAAAUUCUCAUCUUCCUUUGCCAUAAAUUAUGUUGUUUUUAAGUAAACAUAAAUUUUUAAUGAUGAUGGCAAAAUUGUCAUUCUUGAAUUUUGUUUUUCCUUUGUAAUAUUUCACAUUUUGAAAUAUGAAGAAGCUAGGAUCUGUUACAAUAUUUAUGUUAAAAUACAAAUUUAUUAAAUUUAGUAUAUUUUGUUGAGAUUUAUUACCUAGAGUAAUUUUAUAUCAGUUAGACUAAAGGUAACGUGAAUACUUUUUUAUUAAUGUGAAAAUUAAGUCAAGCUUGGUGGUUAAGGUAUAGUGUUUAUUAAAUUUUUCAAUUGUACACCAUAGAAAAAUUAGUUGAGGUUAACAAUAAACAGGUUGCAAGUACUUUUUUCAAUCUGGUAGACAAAUUGUUCUAAUGUAUAGAAGACCCGGGAAUUGGUAUAUUUAAAUUAAGUUUGACAGUAUAAAGCUUGCACUUUACUUGUUCUCAUUUUAAUAUGUUAAGGAUAUUCGUGUUCCAUAAGUAAGAAUGUUGAAUGAAUAGCGUGAUCAUCUAAAUCAUUUGCUUUUAUUAAAACUAUUAAAUCAAUUUAUUCAAAUAUGGAAUUUUUUACUAUAAAUUCUUUAAGUUUAAACAUAAAAAUACAAGUAUUUUAGGUGCCAAAGAAUUAACUUAGCAUUGCAUACUCAUCUAUGUAUUUCUUAGUCAGCCAGAAACUGUACAUUUUACCUAUAUUUCUAAAAAUUAAAAACAAUCUAGUGAACAGAAAUAAAUUAUUUUGUUAUAUUUUUUAAUUUUUAACAUCCCAAUGUCUAUACAUUUGUAAUGUGCUGUAUUUGUAUCAAUUAAGCUCAAUUUAGUGAACAAAAUUCAUAAUUAUAGUAUCUCAAAUCUGAAAUUUUCCCUACUUUCACUUAUUUCUCUGUAUGAAAAAAUUAUAAAUAAAAUAUUUAGGUAAUUCUGUUGACUGAAAGUAUAUACUUUUUACAAGAAAAUCAAAAGCAUUUGUUUGUGAAGAUUUUAAUAUUAUAAACCACUAAAAUGUACAUGGUUUGAAUAAACUCUCCUGUGAUCUUUAGGGGGGUGGGGGUAAUGUUCUGUCGGUUGAGGUAAAAACAAAGUGUAAUUUAAACAUGGGUUAGAAAUGCUUAGUUUACACUCUUUGAUUUUUUUACUUUUUAUGUAAAAAAAUCAAUAUAGAUAAAAUAUUCACAUUUGGUACAAUUAUUUAUAGUUCUUGGUGUCACAAAUCAAGAGAAAAAUUAAUAUUAGAUUAUCAUAUAUUCAAAUAUUAUUACAUUGUUAAAAAAUAUUUUAUAUCAAGCCACUGGUUCAGAUAAUCCAGUCACUUCUUUUUUCCUUACACGCGUUUCCAUCUAUAUCAUUGGUAAUGUAGAAGAAAAAUAACAUUGUAACAAACUGGGCGAUAUACUUCCUGAGUCUGAAGUUUUGUUCUUGUCAGGUAGUGAAUAGAAUGCUACAUUGUUGUAGAGGAUAAUAGGAUUUUGGACGUUUGCCUUGAUUAUAUGUUACAAAGUGUUUUCUUUUUGGAACAUAAAAAUGUUAUCCUUUUAAAUCAUCCAGUGUCAAUAAACUUUAAACAAAGGGUGUUGUUGUUUGCAUGCCCUACAAGUGGAAGGGGGCACAUUAUCUGUUCUGCUGGGUAUGUCUCAGAUGUGAAGCUUUAAUCAAUUGCCUAAAAAUCUGUUUUGGUAAUAUUUUGUUUUCUUUUGUAAGUUAACCUUACUUCUUGAUUGAUUGAAUUAAUCACAGUUAACAUUUUCCUAUGUAAGUUAAGAUGCAUCCUUUAUUAUCUUAUAUUUUCAUUCUAUUACUACCAACAGUUAUAAUACUGGAAAUCAUUAAAGGUUUCGGUCACUGCCUUACCACCAUUGCUUGGUUUCAUUUGAUAUCUCUAGAUUGCAACAAUGAUUGUAUUAAAUUUAUUAUAAUUUUAUAUCAGCAUUUUUAUUUAACACAUUUUACAAUUUCAAUUAAUUGUAAUUAAUUCAAGAAAUCUUUACAUAUAAUAUUCCUCUUAUUUUGAUUUCUAUUCAUUUACUAAGCAACAUUUGUUGUUUAUCAAUCUUUUGUAUUCUUGAAUUGUCAAUCUCACUGCAACAUUCCUAUAUCAAACAAUUUUUUUCUUGUAUAAUUUGAACUCAACUAUGGAUCAGUCAGCUUGUUUGGAAUGAAAAUUAUUAGAAAAAGUAAUUUAAAACCCAAAGGAAAUGUAUAUCAUAAAAUCUAGUGAAUCUGUUCAAUAACAUGUUUUAUUACCAGUUGUAAAUUUUCAAAACUUUUGUGUGGACAUUAUUUCAAGUCAUAUAGUACAAAAUGUGUUAUAUAAUGUAAAUUGCUCGCUGUAUAUAGUAUUUAUUUUGUUUCUUAAUUCCUUCUGUCUGUUAACUUUAUUUGGUACUGAUAGAUUCUACCCUAAUUAGAUUCUUUUUCAAUCUGCAUCAUUUAUUUAUAAGCUAUGAAAACUGCAUCAACAGCCAAAAACAAGUAGAUAUUGUAGUCAAAUCAUUUAUUUUGUUCUUUAUACACAAAUACAUGCAUUCACACAAGCAUAACACGUCAAAUAUAACACCACCAACAUUAAUAAUAAAUUUUUUAAAUUGGUAGUAGCUGGAAAGAAAAUAAAAUAGAUGUUCCUUUAUUGUAAAUAAAAAAUAAUGUUCUGUAUAUAAUGAAUUUGUGACGUUUGCUAUUUAUGUUAAAUGUUAUUUUUUUAGUAUAUAGUAGCCACUUAUUGUGCAAUACUAAAGAAAUGAUUUUAUUAUAUUUUGUUUUGUUAAUUCUUGAUGUGAGUGUUUUGUGGCUGUUGUAUAAUAUUCUUUAUUGUCUUUAUUCAUCAUUCUUAUAAUAAAGUUCAGUACCCAUGAGGGGUAUAAAGAAA